UCAAUUUAAUUAAAUUGAUUCAAGUUUAAGUUUGUAUAUUUUACAUACACAUUUUACAUAAUUAAUUCGGUGUAGUAUGUGAUUAUGUUAAAACAAAAUGGCCCUGUACCAUGGUUCCACGAAGAAACUAAAGUUAUUAAAGCAAUAGAAUUCUAUUUUAAAGAUAAAGAAUCGCCAUUACCUUAUGUAUGUACACUUACUCCUCGGAUGAUAAGAUAUAAAAUAAGAGAUGUUUUGAUAGCUGAACAUUUAAUCGAAGAAUGGAAACCAGAAUUAAUAACAGAACUUAUGAAUUAUUUUACACCAGAUAAUAUGAGAAUCACAGUUGUUUCCCAAACAUAUCAAAACCAGACUAAUGCAGUAGACCCAUACUACGGGACACCGUAUUCUGUACUUAAAAUACCAGAAAAAACUCUUAAUAACUGGCGUAAUGCUGAAGUUAGCGAAGAACUUAAAAUACCAUCAAGGAACGACUACAUAGCUAAUACUUUUUCCAUAGUGCCAAUUGGACAUAACAAAUCCGAAAUCCCACAAAUAUUUUAUAGUUCUUCGAUUAUAAGAUGUUGGUUAAACACAGAUACAGUUUUCAGACUUCCCAAAGCAUAUAUUUCAGUAGAAUUUUACAGGUAAAGAACACCUUUAUGUUUUGAAUAAUAUUAAAAAUGAUAACAUAUACACACACACACACACACACACA